AUGAUCCGAGAUGCGACCACAGCCAUUUGCAUUACCUCAUCUUUUCGGACUAUGGCACCAACAAUUUCUCCAUUUUCUUUCUGUGGCAGCAAGGCCUCGCCAGGAGCCCGUGCACCGCUCAGCUUCGCUCAGCUUCAGAUGAACAUGUUGGGUCACUUUCAGGUCGCAGAUGGCUAUCGAGGAGUGCGGAACAGGUGGAGUGAAGAGAUGCUCUCGGCUUCCUCAUCCAGGAGUCCCGCGAGAUUCGGCAUCUUCGAUUGCGGCCCAGCUCCCCAUGAAAACAACGGAUUUUUCGAGUCCCAAAUGGUCUCCACUGUCUAG